GUGAACAUGUUACUCCGUUCCGCAAACCGAUCAUACAAAUUAAAACCGGAAGUUGCACGCACGUACACCAGUGUCACGAUAGGAUUCCAGUGAGCGUGACGCCGUGAAUACGUCGAAGUGAUUAAGAAAAUUUUUCAAAUUAAAAUUUCUUGUGCUACAGACCAGAGUGUGAGUGAAGAGAGAACAGUUGUCAGCCGUCGGCUGUUAAACCGAGUGAUUUUUUUGUUUGUGAAUAAUCGUUCAGUGAAUGAUUCCACGGGGAAUAUCGAUAUCACCAUUGGAAUAUUCAAACGGUUUAAUCGAUACAUCGGUUUUCCUCGAUUUAAGUGGGGAUAUGUGAGGUGUAGUGCUUGUGUUACAACGCCUUUAAGCUGUACAACCGGCCGGCGCCCCAGAGUUAAAGGGAAUAUAACCGAAGCCCAACCGCCGGAGUUGAAUUUCUCCAUCACCCUGGAGCCCAAAUCCACCAGUUAUCCCUCAAAAAAAUACGUUGACUCGUCAUCCUCGAGUUAUUCCAACGAGUUUAACGUGUCUAAUGGUGAAAAUAAGUGUUGAAAAACCGCGAUAACUCACGAACAGGGAUAUAUCGAGCAUGAUUAUGCUCCAGUGGUCAAUAAUAUCGAAAUCACAGUGCGUUAAAAGUGCUUGAGGACUUUUGACGGUUAGUUGUUUUUUAGUGAAAAUGCUGGCAGCAACAAUGGCCAACAUGUAGGCCGACGGUGGGCCAGUGAACGACCGGGAAGUUUUUCCCGAGUGUUUUUUUCUUGUUUACGAGUGGUGUUUCUUUUGACACGGAAUUUAUACGCCUUGGCUAUUGGCUGUUUUUGUCAUUUUCUUUUUCUCGUGGUGUGGCUUUGUUAUGGUGAACGGAGGAUACGCGUUUUCCUGGUGAAGUACGAAAACGGGAUGAUAUCGUCACCCCGUGUCGAGGGGUCAUUCGCCUAGUCAUCACAGUGGAGUUCUGUUUUAUUGCAGCCUCGGGAGGGGGUGGUCCAAUGUUGGUCCCUCCCGUGGCCCAAGGGGGAACCGGCGGUCGUCCAGGAUGUGACACUGGGGGACGUGGAACCCAGAGCUCGGUUCCUGGUGGUACAGCUACACUCUGGCCCCUAGCGCCUGCACAACCUAAUUUAACCGCCAACCAACAGUCACAGCCAACGCCACCCCUAGCUGCCACCCCAGCCCCAGCACACAAUCAAGGUGUCAAUAGAUACGAGCUGUACUCCUUGUUCCCUGGGGGUGGUGCUGGGAGUUACGUUGCAGCAACGCCAGGUACACCUGCAGCCACCCCAGCCCGUGCCUACCAUGCCACCACGCACAAGGAGCGGACAGUUUCAGAGAGUGUAUUCUCAGCAGCAGUUGGGGUUGGGGUUGGUGGUUACACCUGGGGCGCUCCCACGCCACCCCCUGGUUCACCCUAUAGUCCUGUACCCGUGACGCAGCUCGAGUUGCUAGCUAAGAAUCUAGCAAAUCUAGCACCACAUCAUGCACAACAGCCACUGAGCCUUCAGGGUCUUGGUGUCAAUGUUGGUGCAAGCCUGCAUCAUGCACAGCACACCACACAGCAUACACUCAAUCUCGCUGGUCUUCAUCAUUUACAUCAGGGUGAGUCAACGAUGACAACUACGUCGGCGACAUCGUUCACGUCCAAGUAUAUGGACGAACGAACACUUACACUCGGUGGUCUUCAUCAAGGAACGUUCCCUCCCCAGCUCUCGCUGGUGACCGCAGGUACCCCAACCCUGACAAUAAAUAGUUUCUCCUCCCCAAACACCCCAGCAAGUGUCAUAUCCCCAAGCACCGGUGUUAUUCUCCACGAUUACCAAUCACCAGGAGCCGGUGUCAGUCCAGUCGGUAACUGUCAAUCAUCAUUACUAAACGGCGCAUCACUACCAUCAGCAACAGCCUGUACAGUUAGUACCGUUCUUGUUCAAGGUGGACAAACAGCAAAUACAUUUGUACAGAGUACAACUAAAAAGAGGGAAUCCAUUGUAACAGCACAAGCUCAAACAAUAAAAGUUGAGAACAAGACAUCACGACAGUCUUGCGUCUGCAAGAGCUCCAAUGCCACCGGAAAAACAAAAAUCGUACACUCAGAGGCUGGAUGCAGUAGAACCCUACCAGUGGUGUCAUCCUGGAAUGGCCAGGACUCUCCAUCCUAUCAGAACACUGGCAGCCAGAGUAUUGCCACCAAUCUAGUGAAACGUGAACCCCUCACAACGGUACCAUGUCAAGUUGCUGAAGUUUCUACGUCACUCCAUGCCACCACCACUGCUGUCAAAAUCGAGCCACUUCCCACCAAGUCCGAGAAUGGAAUUGUUGUAUCAACGGCAGCAAGUGGUAUACCCGUUGGUAUCGCUGUUGCGAGACAAAGAUUGCAACACCAAGAGACAUCAUCAACGUCAAUGCGAAAUGUUUCACUGAGUCAUCAUACGUCUCAUCAUGCAUCCUAUCAUCACUUUCCGGAUAGUCUAGGAUCGACCACAGCCAUGACCGUGGGCGGGACUACGCUUCUACAUUGUGGUAGUGGUGGGGAUGAUAGGCCAGCCCAUCUCGCCAUUCCCCCAGGUGCUAUUGCACCCUCUGUGAAUGCCACUCUUGGCUCUACCCUCAAUCCAAAUAGUCUAGGUGGCUUGGCUAGCAUUGGACCUAGUGCACACUCAGCCACCACUGCUGGAUCAACCGCUUCUCCAGCCACAUGGCCACCAACACUAUGGCAAUAUCCCACAGCAGCAAUGCCAGCACUGGAGCCAGUUGGAUUUCCACAGCUCGGCGUUGGGCUUCAAGGAGGUCUACAGCUUGUCAGAGAUCCAUCAACAGGUCAUCUAUUGUUGAUCCAUGCUGCUGCAGAGCAACUGCAGCAGGCAGUAGUUUGGCCGAAUUAUCCUCAUCACAAUGGUCCAAAUGUUGGUGCACCUUCGCCCUUAUUGUUACCACCACCACCACCUCCCUCCCUCCAGCUGUUGAGCGACAUGAAUGGAGCAAGACUUGUACUCACUGAGAAUAAACGUAAAACGCAAAAUAACGUGCCCAUCGUUAAAAUUGAGGCAGACUGCGGUACAACUCCUACAACAACGAUAAUUGCUUCAGCAGAGCCCAGUAAAGCCCUCCAAACGAUGACGACUAUGACCGGACCACUCGUUCCUGAUACACCUCUGUUGACGACGUUGCAUUACUAUCCUCAUGCGCCGGCGCUCGUCCAAAUAAGUCAAUCCGAAUCGACACAGUGUCGAACACAGAGGAAUUCGUUCAUAUCAAAAGCGACGUCACCAGUCUCCUGUCUGACCCCUCCACCAGAAGUGACGCCUUCUCAGCCAAUCGAGACUAGCGAGAGUACAUUGAUAGGUGUUCAGGAUGCUUCCAAUCAGACAGACGCCCCAGAAACCGACGAAGAACACAUCCCCGUGGUGGACGGUGUUGUAAAACAGGAGCUUUCAACCUCAACCAAUCAACAAUUAGUAUUCGGUACGUUCAACGUUGUCUCUUCAAGUAUUGAGAAACCCCAGGCCUACAGUCUAAUAAGCAAAUCCGACAAGUCCGAGAUGACUGUCAAAGUGAGCGCAGUGAUCAAGGAUACACUGAAGACUGAAGUUGUGAGUUCUGUCGAUCAAACGAUUGAGAGAGUCGUCAGUAGAUUGAGUCACGUCGAGGCAGACACGGACGAGGCCGAGUCAUUAACAACGGACAACGAUAAUGAGGACAGGCCAUCGAGAAUGGGCGCCAAGAUGAUUGAGAUAACCGAGGAGAAUUGCGACAGUUUUCACGAGAAUCUGGAGUUCUUCGGGAGGCGGAGGGAUCCCCUCGAGCAGCACAAGAGGCCCCAGUUCUCUGAGGAGCUACUCAACAAGGAGAAAUUACUCGAGGAGAAGAGACGAGAUAUUCAACUCAAUACUCAGAUGGAGGAAGAAAGUCAUCAGGCUGUUUCAUCCUCUCUGGGAAACAUCCAGACUGAGAGCCUUAAAGUUAAUAUUCCCCGGCUUGUCUCUACAAGCGAGGAGACACAGCCACCAACAGUCGAUUCGAGCUCUCCCUGUGACAGAACUCCGCAUCCUCAGAUCACAGUCAAAUCGUUUGAUAUGCCAUCGAUAGACUGCGAAGACUACACCGAUGUCGAGGUUAAUCCGGCGAGGGCAGUCAAGAGAGAGGCCGAAGAAGCCACUCCCAAUGGCCCCAGUCUUCCAGAAAAACCCAUAAAAAAACAGUGCGUGGAGAAGUGUCAUCCUGGAAUAGAGAACGUUGUGGAGAAACUCAAGAAGAAUGCUGCUGCACAGCAAGAGCAUCAGCAACCUUCGAUCUCCCAACAUGGAGAUCAGAGCACCGUUAAUCCAAUUGGCCCCCGGCGAUUGGAGAAUGGCCUGAAAAAACACAUCCUACGAUCCUGCAAAAUAGCCUCUACUUCAGAGAGCAUUAAUGAUGAUAAUAAAGAUACGAGUUGCAGUAGAGUCUCAGCCGGUUUGAUUGUGAAAUCUCUCAGUGACAAUAAUAACGACUUCACAAGUAGCAAUAAUAACUUUAAGGAGACUGAGGUUAGAGGUUUAAAAACAGAGAAGGUGUCACCAUCAACUACACCAACGGUAGCUAUCGAGGGAACCAAGGUUUCCGCAAGUAGCUCAAAAUCUUCUGGUAUUACACAGGAUUCCCAGAAAAAGUCCAAAUCGUCUGGCAAAUCAAAGCCUAACUUAGAUCUGAGUGGCCUUGAACUACUCUCGAACAGCAUCCUACAGCUUGAGCAUUUGAAGCCAGGAGCUGUGAGUGAAAGCGAGAGCGAGAAGUCACCAACUAAGGAGACACCCCAGGCACUCCAGACUGAGAGCAAUAAUAAUAAUGUCGACAGUCCACUUGGACUUUUAUGUGCAUUAGCUGAGCAGCGUUUCAUGGAGGAAGUCGGUGAUGACCAACGCACAGUUAAACGUGCAACGACUUUGGAGAAUUCUGAAGAGAUUUCAAGAGCUGGUAGAUUAUUAAUGAAUCUUGGGAAAGUACCGAGUUUUGACGCUGACAGAAAGAAACUCGAGAAGAGAAAACACUCGUGUGAGGAUAUCCUUUAUGCAUUUAACAAGAAAUGGAGAUCUGAUUUUUCUGGUGGUAAUCAGAGAAAUUCUGAUAAGAAUGGUGAUGAUGGAGAUGCUGACAAUGAUUUGACGGAUUCGGAUAAUGAGAAUGGAAAGAGCCUUGAAUUGAGUAAAUUACGAUUGGCUAUUGCUGAGAGUGUUGAGAUGAAUGGAAAGUCGUCAGGUUGCAAGGUGCCAGGAGAUCGUCCCAGUGAGGCUUCGCCUGCUGAUGCUAACAUGAAAAGCUCGUCGAAUGUGAACGAUGGACAGCCAAUGGGCCCACAAUUGUCCCACAGAAAGGACGACAGGAGAAUACCUCCAAAGUUGAGAACGAAAAGUACAGACUACGAGGUGUGCAACGUAAAGAAUAUCAAUCGGGAAAACGAAUCCGAAGGAUCAUUCGAGAGUUCGCUGAGUCCAAACGUUCUCGGAAUACCCAGGUGCAAUUUGAAUCUAGUGAAAUUGGUAGAGCAGAGGAGUCACAUUAAACUUCUAGAUAGCAUCCCAAGUAUUCCAAUUCCAGUUGCCCCCGCGGCAUCUCCCAUAACAGUUUUAGAUAAUAAAAUUCUGUCCGAAGAUGAGGAUAAAAAUCCAGUCUCCACAGGUUAUGAGACCUCAUCACCAGUUCCCACAGCCUCGAGCUUAAGCUCAGCAUCGAAAAAACGUAAAGUCGGACGACCCCGUAAACUCAUGUGUACAUCGGGCAGCGUGAGACACUUAACCGAAACAAUAGUCGCUAAAAAAUCAAAGAGCAAGAAUUCAGUAGUUGGUUAUCUGUUGAGCUCUAAGAGCCGUCAUUUGCAGAAUAAAUUGAAUGGAAAGGCUGGUUACACUCCAGUGCCCUUCAAAUCCGGUUUAUCUGCGUCUAAAGGUAUGACAAAGUCCCAUAAAAUAACCAAGUCCAAAGUAAAACCAGUCAAGCAAACUCCCCUUCACAAUAAAAAUGUGAUAAGUUCGAUAAUAGCGGAGAAAGCAAAGUUGAGUCAAGAGGCAAGAUUGGAGAAGGUUGUUAAAUUGAAGCCAAAGCUAAAAGCCGAGGCUAAACUCAAGGAGUGGAGUAGCGAUGGGGCUGAUCAGUCUGAGUGGAGAUGCACCAUCGAAGACACAACACCAGAACUAGUACAGCCACCACAAGUCGAACAGCAAUCUCCAGCCCCAGCGGAAGAUUCUAAAUCCACGGAGCAAGUACCUCAACCGAGUGAAGACGAGGGCUUGGAGAAUUACGAACGGUGCAAAAAGAAAAAGCGAAAAUCCUCUUGUUCGUCCCCAUCCCGACGAAAGUCGGGGGAUCACGAUAAGAAGGAAUCAAAACGAAGAAAAUCCUCGGAUUGUAAAGAAUGCAAAGAGUGCGCUAGGGCGGCUAAGGUAGAAAAAGCUGAGAGAAUUGAGAGCAUUGUCAACAGAUGUAAGCUCACAUCUGCGCACCUUGCAAUCGAUCAAUUGAGAGUGUUAACGGCAAUGGGUGGGCUAUUUUACGCUGGUAGAUUGAGUGCAGUUCAGGCACCAGACGUUUACGCGAUAACUUUGGAUGGUGAGAGAGGUAAUAGGCCGCAUAUACACUCCCGUGAGGAGAUACUUCAAGAUGCUAUUGUUGAAAUCUGUCCAACUUCAACGAAGGAGCUGUCACCAGGCACUCGUCUAUGUGCUUACUGGAGUCAGCAAUAUCGUUGUUUAUACCCUGGUACUUCGGUUGAGCCUUCAGAGCCUGAUUCUGAUCUUGACGAUAAGUUUGUUAGCGUUGAAUUUGAUGAUGGCGACAGUGGGAGGAUUGCUCUGGACGAUAUCAGAUUGUUACAGCCGGAUUAUCCAGUCGUUGAGUACGAUCCAAAUCCCUUACUCUCGCUGGGAAAACGCAGGCGUCAGAUAUCCACGUCGACGGAUGACAAACGGGACAUUCACAUUGUUAAAACACCAUCUGAUGUGACGUCCAAAUCACCGGGCAAUCCAAAAUCUGAUGAUGCAAGAGAAAUUGAUGGUAGGACAAUCGAUGAGUAUCGCGAAAGGAAGAGACUGAAGAAGAGGAGGAGGGAUAAGUUGAAGCGACUUCAGGAGAUUCAGGAGGGGAAACGCAAGCACAGGAGGCAUAAGUGCUGCGAGGAGCACAGGAAGCAUAAACAUAGGAAACAUCGGAAGCAUAAACAUCGACAUAGUCAUCAUGGUAGCUACAGUGAUGGCAGUCACAUGAGUGGCGGAGAGAGUUGCUCUGGCCAGAAGAGCGAGGAAGAAGCUUCAAGGGUGUCUCCUUUGGGAGAAGAGGGAGAAAUAGUGGUAGAACCUCCUCAACCAAUUCCAGGUGUGACUGACGAUCAACCAGCCCCAGAGGAAAAAUCAGACAAGCCCGAUAAAGGAAAAAAAGGAGAGAGGAGAGGAAAGGCGAGGGAGCGUCAGGAGUCUGUAGAGAGUAGGAGCAAAAUAGCAGCUUUCUUGCCAGCUAGACAAUUGUGGGGCUGGUCGGGGAAGGGUUACAGGCGACCGGGUGCAAAGGGACGGGCGAAAAAACAAUUCUUCAAAGCCAUUCAGAGGGGCAGUGAAGCGAUACAGAUAGGAGACAGCGCUGUGUUUCUUUCAACUGGACGUCCUGACAGACCCUACAUCGGUAGGAUCGAGUCGAUGUGGGAAACAUCGAGUUCCAAUAUGAUUGUUAAGGUCAAAUGGUUUUACCAUCCUGAAGAGACUGUUGGCUGUCCAUCCAAUUUGAAAUAUCCGGGAGCUCUGUUUGAAUCCCCUCACAUGGACGAGAACGACGUACAAACAAUAUCCCACAAAUGUGAGGUACUCCCCCUCCAAGAGUACACGGAAAAACUUGGUAAAGAACCCCACAGAUAUUUGACGAUCUACGACAACAACGACAUAUAUUACUUGGCUGGAUACUACGAUCCAACAACAUAUCUUCUCACAAUGCAGCCUGGAGUGGUAUGAGAGCAACUUAAGCUGACGAUAAAGUUACUUGAACAUUAACAGUUGUCAGCUUGAUACCACCCGUGAGAUUAUUAACAAAACUACUGGGUCUUAGAGGGACAUGAAUGAGAAGCAAUGAUAAAUGCAAUAUCUAUUUAACGAGAGGCAUUAUAAGAGAAUAAUGAGAAAUUAUAUGGAAAUUCUAUUCCAUUGUAAAUAUGUACAUAAUUUCUAAUAAUAUAUCAUUUAUUAUAUUUUCUUUGAAAAAUCUAUGAUAGAUUGAACGUUCUAUAAUACGAUGAUGAGCAUCGUUUAUCUGGAAAAGACCAUUCAAUUGAUAACUAAGUGAUAAUUAAGAGACACGGUGCUACGUAAUCAGCCUUUGCCCUGCAAUAUGCUGUUUUCCAGUUGAAUCAAAACGUAUUUGUGUUUUACGUUGCAUUGAUUUGUUAAGAUUCAUUUGUUAUGAUUUAUAAACAAAAUAUUCUCCAUACCGUGCAAGAGAGAAUGCAAGAGUUCAGUGAAAAAAAAAUGGUAGAAAUAGGGAAAUUUUUUAUGAAUUAUUUUAUAUGAUGGUGAAGAAUUGAUUGAAGGUGUCAAGGUCGUUUGUCCCUGUCGUAUUUGAUAUAACUCAUUUAAUCGUUAGUAUCAUUAUCCUUCAUUGCUUAGUCUGCAAUGACAGCUUCCCUAUGAAUUCGUCACUUUGUGAUAGAGUAAUGAUAAUUACGUAGUGAUCCAAAUGGGCUGAGAGCACUCGAAUUAUUUGUGAUGCUGUGGAGAUACUGAUUCAUUCUGAAAUCUAACGCAAUUCAUCUUAUUGAGGUUUAUUGUGGCUAUAAUUGAUGGUGAGGUACGGCUUAGUACAAAUUUCAAUGAAAAGAUGAAAAAUUUGUUGUAAAAGUGCGAGUUACGAGUCUAAAUGGCGAAUGAUCAUUCGUAUUUCGACGGUGGGUACUUAUGUUGUUGGAAUAAUCAUCGAUGCGAGGGAUAUGAUAAAUACAGACGGAAAAUUAUAGAUUUCUAGAAGUGUUGAUACACAGUAUAUAGUAUUUUUUCAUAAAAGUAUACUAGAAGGCAUUGUAGAUGAGAAAAAUAUCUUUUAGUCGCUGCCAAUGAAUUCGUGGCAUACGAGGAAACAUAUUGCUUGUAGAUUUGUAAAUAUUCUGUAGGUGUAACGAGAAUUCUCCUUUCGAAUUAACUUGGAAUUGAGUCGAAUUCGAUUUGUCGAACUGGUCAUUCUGAAUUUAUGGUGAAAGCGAAUAAUUGAUUAACGAAUUAAUGAAUGAUGUGCUGGGAACUAUCUUCCGAUGUUACAAGCCUUUGGGAAUGAAAUAAUGAGAAAAUCAUAACGCGUAAUGAUAAUGAAAAUUUGUACUAGUCCAGCUGUCUUUUUCGGUAUUUGAAAGUAUAAAAUGGUCCGAAAUUGAGGGGAAAAAAUAAAUUAGUGGUAAAAGAAAAUCGUACUUUUGACAUUUUUUGUAAGACUCGAGAUUUCGGAGUAACAAAAAUUUGUACAAUAAUUGUGAUCACGUAAAAAUUUACAAAACGAGACGUCUGUAAUGUUCUUUCGAUAAAAUUGAGUGAAACGUAUUUUCUGACAAUCGUUAUAUGGAAAUCGUUUGACUACAAGAAAAAAAAAACAAAUGACAAGAAUAUAUAAAUUACAUGAUUGACAACCCAAUUAGCUGUGGUUCGGGCCCAUAUAUUUUGCGCUUGAUAAAGGUUGAGGCAUGAACGAAAACAGUGAGACGCGGAAGGACAAAGAAUACGAGAAAAAUACCUAUUUUACUCUACGAAAGAAUCGAAAUUAUUAUAUUUUAUUAAAAAACGUAGAGUUGAGGAAUUGAACAAUUGAUCAUGAAAUUAAUUGCUCGUUCAUUCCCUCAAUAGUGAAUUAAAGACGUGACUUUUAUAUUUUGCCCAGAAGAAUAAUAAAAAUUAUACAUAAAUAUGUAUAUAUAAGUGAUAAAAACAAUUAUCAAGUCAUCCUGAUUGCUGAUUCUUUUCACCUGUUUAAGACAUUAUUUCCAAUUUUGAAAUAUAAUUAUAAUGAAACGCGUUGACGGAAUUCCUAGCUACAUCAUUGGUUGGAAUACUCAGAAAAUCAGGAAUAAAAAGUUAAAAUAAAUUGAAUAUUCUCCAAAAGUCGAAUUCGAACGUGCAUUUCGGUUAUCGCUUUUUAGAUGAAAACACCACAAACAAUUAAAUGAACAACAUGAAAUUUAAUAAUCAGCAUUUACAUACCGCAUAGAUUCAUUCUCUUAAUGUUAAAUAUCGUAUUAACGAUUGAAUUAGUUUGAAAAAUCUUCAAACAUCUCAAGAGACUCGAACACGCACAUGCAUAACACCCGUUAAUAAUUAUAUAUAACGAAUUAAAUACAAAACAUUAUACAAAGAUGAUUAUGUGAGAGCAAACGCCGAGACACGAUGAUAAAUAUUGCCGGAGGCCCAUUAUUGUUGAUUUUUGUCAGUGAGAGUACAUGGCCAACAAUAAA